CUAAGUAGGACUUCUUAUUCUGUAAAGCAAUCCCAUUAGAGUUGCUAUUAUGCACUAUAUUCAACAUCUUAAAAUGUGUGCCAGCUUGCAUUAGGUUUUUGUUUUAAAGUUUGCACUGAAUUUUGAAAUCACAUGACGACAAAUUGAUAAAAUUCAAGUUUUGGUGGGGAUAUCUUUACUGAUGGUUGCAAUUCUCUUUACAGGAUCUCCCUUAUUUGAAAAGGAUGGAUUUGAGCAACUCCAAGUAUCUUAUAGAGACUCCAAAGUUUUUUUGGACCCCAAAACUUGAGCGACUAGAUUUUACGGGAUGCACAAACUUAAUACAUGUCCAUUCAUCAAUUGGACAUCUUACAGAACUUGUUUUCUUAAGUUUGCAAAACUGCAGCAGUUUGGUUGACCUUGACUUCGGUAGUGUAUCAAAUUUAAGUUCUUUCCAAGUUCUACGCCUUUGUGGUUGCACAAAACUUGAAAAGAUGCCAGAUUUUACUGGGGCAUGAAAUCUUGAGUACCUUGAUAUGGAUGGAUGUACAACUUUAUCCAUGGUUCAUGAAUCCAUUGGGGAUCUUGCAAAGCUUAAAUUCUUGAGAAACUGCACAAAUUUGAUUGUAAUUCCCGAUAGCGUCAAUAGGAUGAUUUCCCUUGUAACUCUAGAUUUUUACGGUUGCUUGAAACUUACAACUCUACACCACAAAGGGCUUAUGGUUAUAGAAGAUCUUUGAUUUCUCUGGAUUUAAGCUUUUGCAAUCUUCAUGAGGUACCAGAUGCUAUUGGAGAGCUAAGGUGUUUAGAAAGAGUAAAUCUACAAGGAAACAAAUUUGAUGCACUACCUAAUGAUUUUUAUGAUCUUAAGAGUCUAUCUUAUAUAAACUUAUCUCAUUGCCACGAGCUUCAAACUAUUCGUCAAUGGCCACUUUCACCAAGUGCUUCUUCUAAAGGAAGAGAUUUUAAAAUGGCAGGGGGAUCUCGUCAUAGGUCAGGAUUAUAUAUUUUUGACUGCCCCAAGUUCACGAAGAAAUCCAUAGAAUAUACAUGGUUACGAAGACUACUUCAGAAUACCCAUCACUUUCGGCGCAGCUUUGAUAUUGUUGUUCCUUGGGAUUGGAAAAACAUUGAUUUUCCAUCAAGUUGUUGUAUUCCAGAAUGGUUCAAUCAUCAAUUUGACGGGGGUGCAAUAGUAAGGAUUGUAGAUUCUGCUGUAGAUGUUAAGUGGUUUGGCUUUGCCUUCUCUGUGGCAUUUGAGGUAAACAAUUGUCCUGCAAAUUCUGGUUCUCCACAGGAUUCAUUUUCCUCGGCACUGCCACAUCCUUUUUAUCUUUCUUUUGAAAGUGAACACACAGAGGAACGCUUCGAUAUGCCACUCAGUUUGGAACUGAACAAAAUUGAUGGCUCCAAACAUCUUUGGUUAAUCUAUAUAUUUCAACAGCAUUGCCAUUUCUUAAAAACUGGAGCACAUAUCACAUGAGCAAAUGCAAGAGUCUCGCUCUAGGUUCUCGGAACACUUCAUGGAAUCCGAUGCGCCCCAACUUGUCUUAGAUUAUGUACAAGAAACCAGCAGCAACUCUGGACCUAAAUACAGCUUCCCUAUAAUUGGUUGGUUACCGAGGAGGAAGAAAUUGAGAAUUCUCGAGCCAAGUCAAAAGAAAUUGGUCUUUCUAAUCUAGGCCUUUAGAUAUCCUAACAACAGCCAAAAUGCGCAACAGGUUCCCUUAGCCUUGAGGUGAUUAUCUCACCUAAGCAGUGGCAUAUUAUUAAGUAAUAAAUAAUCCAUUAUCAGUGUUAAUUAAUAAUGAAUUGCUAUAACCAAUGAUAUGGAUUAUAGUAUAAGAUGUCUAUCUUUUGCAG